AUCGUUGCGGAUGUGCAUCGACUACAGGGUGCUCAACAAUCAGACCAUCAAGAAUAAAUAUCAUAUUCCAAGGAUAGGUGACCUGCUCGACCAGCUUCGAGGGGCCACAAUUUGUUCUAAACUGGACCUCCGGUCAGGAUAUUGGCCAAUUCGGAUAACGGAUAACUCUAUCCUCAAAACCGCCUUUCGGAAGGAACCAUUCUAUACCAAACUCUCGAAAAGCGAGUUCGCAUUGAAUGAAGUUCCCUUCUUGGGACACGACGUCAGCGCAUGCGACGUACACGUGGAUCCCAAGAAGAUCGGAGCAGUGAAGCAGUGGAAGCAGCCAGAGAACGUGAAGGAGCUUCAGCAGUUCCUCGGCUUUGCCAACUACUACAACCACUUCAUCCCCAACUAUGACGGGAUCGCAGUACCGCUCACAUAGUUACUGAAAAAAGGAGUACCUUUUUG